AUGAAGCUAACAUUGAUCGCCAUCCUUUGUCUAGUUGCUACACUCUACGUGUCGAUUGGAAGUGCCCACCACCCCUGUUUCCACCACCCUGAGAAUGUGUCUUGUACUGACUUCACCUACGCUCCAGUCAACUGUACCAAUGACCUCGACACUCUCUGUCUCAACCUCACCAAUGUGAACUACACCGCCUGUAGCAUCUACAAGUCGUGCCAGUCUGCCAACGCCAGUUCCGGUGUCUGUGAACCGUUCUCCAUCCUCGCCGAUGCCUGCCAGGUUGACCACAUGGGCAACAUCACCGCCAAGGGCUGCAAGAACUACGAUGGAAUGUGUGCUCCAGGCUCCGUCGUCCAACAAUGCACCAACAUGCCGCCCAUAUCCUAUCUCAUCACGACAUUGAACGCCAGUGCCGAAGUCAUUGACAUGUGUAAUGAGAUGGAUAUGGAUGAUUGCGCCAAGUGUCCAUUCGCCACGUCCAGCACCAGUGUUCCAAUGCCCUGUGACGUGUACUUGGUGUACAUGCGUCUCUGUGCCUCCAUGCCAACAAUGAAGCAAUGCAGACCAUACAAGUUCAUGUGUGAUGGAAUAUUGCCAUUGCCCAAGUCUGCCAUUGGUUCUGUCUACUGUCCAUACGUUACCUCCAACACCACCGCCGUUGCCACCACCACUUCUGCUCCUACGACUACCUCGACAUCCACAACUGGAACAACGUCCACCACGGGAACAACAUCCACCACCUCUACCAGUUCUACUACCUCCACCACUGGAAGUUCUCCAACAACCUCUACUUCGACAACGUCGACUACUACUGCCACACCAACAACCUCUACAACAUCGACAACAACUGCUAGCCCAUCAACUACCACUACGACAACCAACCAUCCAUCUACUGGUAGUAUCUCUACACCACAUCAAGCAGUGUCUAUGUUCCUUGUUUUGUUGGUUCUCCUCCUCCUCAUAAUCCAAUAA